AUGACAAACGAACAAGAAUUCUCUCUGGUGCAUUUCACUGACAUCACUUCCAAAGUGGCGUCCCUCUCGCCUCCAUACAAGUUGGAUAUGAUAUUGGAGAUGUUUGACGAGAUAACGAAGCUGUUCCACUGUUUGGGUGCUGCAAUGUCAUUCGCCACAUCCGAUGUGACUCAGAAGUUAGCACAUGUACGGAAUCGAACACAGGAGAUGCUGGAUGCGGGGAUCCUGAAGGGAGAUCGCGCCGAUGUGACACUCCAAAAGGAUGUAAUGCUUGCCGAAAAGAAGAUGAACUGGCACAUGUCCGGCUCAGAUGGAAUAGAUAAAAAAGGAAAGGAAUUCCAGAACGCGUCUCGCAGUAUCAUCCGACUGACCUGGUUUCUGGAUUUUGUGUAUGAGAUGGUUGCCUACAUGCGCGCGAAUGAAACAGAAACCCUCCCCACAGCAGUCAAAUAUGCAUAUAACAAGGUUCUCGCCGAUCGACACAGCAUGAUGAUUCGCAAUGCGUUCAAGGUCGCCGUCAUCAUCUGCCCCUCCAAAGACACCUUCCUGACAAAAGUAUCAGGAAAUCUGACACAGGAACAAGUGAAUGCGAUGUGGGUGACUUGCGAGGAGAACAUGAAAAAGAUUUCGGAUAUGCUGUGGGCGUUCUAUAAGAGCGAGGGAAUGGAAAACCUUCCUUAA